UAGACGAGUUUUAUUACGCCCUAAAUAUCGAAUCGGACUUGGCAUUGUCCAGCAGAGGCGAGAGAGAGGAAAGAGGGGCGUCAUGGCAGGGGUUGAAGUGGAACCACGCAAGGGAGACACACGGCAGGCGACGCAGGAGAAGCACGGGGUGGCCAAUCCUCCUCCUCCUGUGGCGAUGGUCACUUUUCCGGACGCCGCUCGCCGAAGAGCCCAGAGCUUCCCCCCGCCUCUCAAGUUGGAGUGCGAGGAUUCCACCGAAGACAUGAACCCGCGCAACUUGUGGCAGGUGUAUGCUCUUGGAGGAUUUAUGAUCUCAAAGUGGAUUUGGGCUCGCUGGAGGGAGAGGAACAAUAGAGGGACAUCAGAUGAGGAUUCAUCUACUUGAAACUAAAAAUUUCACUUUCAAAAGCCUGAAUAUUGGUAAAGAUUUCUUUUCGUACCACUUAUGGAUACAAGCAUAAUGCUCAUAUUUGUGAUGUGAUUGAAGUCAGUGCAAACAGGAUUUGUCACACUUCGAGUUUUGCAUUGGAAAGCAUUCAACGUUAAUGUACUUAGCUUAUGCCAAGCUAAUGUUCAUGUAUUAUCCAUUAAGAUUUAGGUGGGUUAAUCACUCUGUUUGGUUUAGGCAAAAUCUUAUUCAGAGGAGAAGCAGCACCCUUUCGGUUUGAUUCAUGCUUCCUGCUGCUUGUCAAAUUGAGUUUGCUCAACUUAUUCUGAUAUGCAAAAUUGUCCCUUGAUGAAUUGGACCUGA